CUUUAUGUAUGUUUCAGGACGAUGUCAGAACAAAAUAUGACGAUCGCUAACACAAAUAACAACGAGAUCGAAAAAUACAACAGGCUGAUGUCUAUCUUCCACAUUGGAACAGAUGUUAAACGAAACUUACUUGACCAUUACCUACGUGUAAUAGACAAACAAUUAUAUAUACUCGAUUGGUUAGCCAGUCAAAACACUAACUUCCUGCUUUUUGAAGACGUUAAACGUGCUCUAAGAAAAUCCUCGACUAUAACAGUGGAAGAUCUUCUUGUUAGUACUAUCGACACAAUUCUUAAGUGUUACUGUUUUGACAUGUUUUGGGAUUGUUGUUUGCUGAAUAAAAGUCUAAAAGAUAUUCUGAAUAGUCAUAAAGAAAUGUUAUACAGAAUAUAUGUAAAUUCUAAUAGCCAACAUGAAACUAAAAGUUUUACAAAAGCUCAGUGGGACAUCAUGUUCGAACGUAGAGAAAAUGUCAAAAUGAAUGAAAACGAAAGUGAACAUUGCUUAUUUGCAUCUAAGGAUAUAACUAUAUCCUGCCUAGACAAUACGAUGAAUUUGUUGAUUCUGGGUGUAGUGUGUCCAUUAUUCAAAUCAGUGAAUGUUGUAUCAGAAUGCCAAAGUCAGAUAACAAAAAUUGCUGUCCAACAACGUAAAGUAACAGGACGUGAGUUUUCUGAUAUAUGGGACAAAUUGGAAGCACAUAUAGAUAAAAUAAGUAGUCAUUGUCAGCUUUCUACGUGCUUCAUGGAUGAAUGCUCAAUUAUGAAGGAAGCAAUAUUGAACAGAUCUGAGACUCGAAAAAACAGACAAUCGAUUCUAGAGGAUGCUUUAAAUAAUCAUAAUUUCAUUAAGGAUACACAGUUUUGUAAUCGUGCACGGAAGGAGCUAGUCGUUAUCAUGCUCGAAACCAAUGUAAAUCAUACAAAGGCAUAUUGUGGAAAGGACAUACCUAUCCAGCUUAUUGACGGAAAUUACUUGAACGGUGCAUAUUCACAUAGUGUGAUGGAGCAGGCAGAAAAAGACUUGCAAAUAGUCAUUUCUGUCUCCACCAACCAGGGAAGUGGUGAGAGUCAAGAAGAAAAUGAAGGAUUAAAAGGGAAGAUUAAACCGCAUGAUCUAGAAGAAAAAGGAUAUAACCACAACCAUUUGAAAAUAGUACAACUAAUCACAGGUAUUGCGACACAUGCUCUAGUUGAUGUUUUGAAACUUCGACUUCCAAGUGCUAAUUUUGGAUAUUUCUUUAAUGGAAUGAAAAAUAGGAUAGCAUUACUAUUGGAUGAACGUGAACACCAAUUAUUGUAUCCAGACAACUCAAACUAUAAUGGCGACUUGUCAGAUCUAGAUAUAAGCCUUCUUUAUAUUAUUUUAAGGAAUUUAAACACCAUUAUCCCUCACGAGAAUCGUUGGGGCAAUAGGCCAAAGGAUGAUGAUAGAUGCUUGUCUGCAAAUAUCGAUAGAAUACGAAUUUUCAAGAAUAAUUUUGUUUCUCACUGUUCAAAAUAUUCUUUAGAUGAAGAAGACUUUUUAAAAACAUGGAAAGAAAUCAGUAAAUGUAUCAUCGAAUUAGGAGGCGAGGAAUACAAUCAAAAAGUUGACGUCUUAUUUACAUCAGCUAUCGAUCCGUUAAUGGAAUUGGAACUUGUCUGCAGUGCUCGUGAGAAAUUUGAAGAAUCAAAAAGAAAUGAGAGGAAGGUUAUCAUUUUAAAGGAAAGAAACGAUAAUAUAAAGCUGAAUCUAAAUAUUACCAACAGACAACAAAAAGACAAUGUACAGGAGAAGACAUCAGAAGAUCCUUCCUACAAAGCUACACAAAGAGCAAGUAAUAGGGCAACACAAGGAACUGAGGCACCAUCCUCACCUAUGGACACCACAUCACUGUACUGUAGAUCGGAUUCGGAUUCCGGAAGUACUGCAACAGAGGAAACGACAGACAAUGCAACCACAACCAACUUGCCUAGUGGAGAUAAUAUGCAACCAGGAAACAUUCCGUUGGUACUAAGUCUACAUGGAAGAGAUUUACCAACAGUUGUUGAAUGUAGAACACGCAUUCAAAAUGUAAGGAUACCUGAAGUGCAAAUUACAUUUGUUAAAGAGGGUUCUAUCAUUAUUGGAUUGGAUGUAGCGCCUCCAGCUUUUCAUAACGUCGGAAAUUUUAUUGCAAUAAUAGAUACAUUGGUGUCAAUCCUACUGCAAGGAAAUGAGCACAGUUCGUAUGUUGUUGUUUCUGUAGACUUUUUAGACAGGAAUAAUGAACCACUCACCUUUUUUCAACCGUCUCUUAUGGAGGAUAAAGGUGGUUGUUUAGAGAAAGACGAGGCCACGGAUGUUAAAGAAGAACUUUAUAAAAACUGUGUGGAAGUCAGCUAUAAAAAAGAAUAUAUUUGUACAACAGGAGACGUCAAAGAACAAUACGAAAAUAUUAUAACAACAAUCAAUCUGCAACGCAAACCUGUGUAUGUGCCAAGAUCCUCAAAAGAAAUUCAAAGUAAAGUGCUGCAAAUAAAGACACAAGCUAAGGGAACAACGUUUUAUUUGGAUGAGGCAUCGGAAACAUUUAGACCUGAAAGUAGGUGA